GAGAAAGAUAACGUGAAUUGAGACGCAAUAUUCUCCCGAAUACAAACCCGUAUUUACCCGUCGUUGGGCGAGCUGCAGUUUCUCGCCUACCGUUCUAAGCUUUUCUACCUUAUAUUUCCGUUUGAUUGAAUCGAAAAAGAAACAAAAAGGCACUCCAUAUGGAGCCGCCAGGCUGGGUGCACAACAGGUCACGGACAGCCUUUCCGAACCGUUGUAUUUAUGUGUAUUAGGCCCGAUCAGACGUCGCUUUGGGGGUUCGUCUCGUGUUUUGCAUGCGAUCUGGAACUUGCCUUGUUGCGGACAAGGCUUUUUUUCCUGGCCAUGGCGAGCAUUGUCGAUUAUACCCGGCGUGAACUGAAUGGCGGCACAUGCAGCCGGUGACCUGGUGCCAAGGUCGCCGACCCUCUUGCGCUGCUUUUUUUUUCUCUGCAUGUUAUUUUCCCGGCCUCAAAAUGGAUGCCAUCUUUUGCGGGGAGGGACGGGGUACAGGCCCGGGAGCCGUCGCUUGCAACCAGUGACGAAACAACGGAUUGUUCAAGUUUUGAUGGUCUGAGGCAGAUCAAGUUUGGAAAGGUGGUUUUGAAGCUUUUCAGAUGGACUGAGCUGCUGCUGUAUUUUUGUUAGAUAAAUCAACGUAUUGAAAACAAAAUUGAAUUGCAUAUAAUUAAUGAUCUCAUUAAUUUGAUUGCCCCUCAACAGCGCGGGGUAGUUGGAUUUUAUACUGUAGUUAGCAAUAGCCAACACAGAAGGACAGAUGAACAUUUUAUGUACAUCUGCACUUACAGUUGAGCGGGGAUCAUUGCUCCGUCAAAGCCCCGAUGAAUUCAGCCAAAAAUGGAGCACUUGAAUUAGCUUUCUGCGUGGGGAUUUUGCCCCUCGCCCGUCAUUGCGUUAUCAUUAAGUGGAAGCUGGUCGGAUCGGGACAGCAACCCGGUCGGUUCGGGUUAGACUUUUAAGUGAGAGCUCCUUCGCCAUCACCUGCCUGGCCAGAUGGUUGCCAUCAUGGUUCGCAAUUGGACUUUUAUGAUAUUAUCAUAGCCGACAAUUUGUGGGAAAGGAACAAGUUUCAAAGGUAUCCGGGCAGGUGCUGACAGCACAUUAAUAAAAGACAAGCCACGAAAUAGGCAUAUGCACCAACGACCAACAGCAUAAUGGCGGGCCAAGAUAUUCAGACAUGGGAGGUCAAGGAGCCGUGGAUCGACCUUCAUUGCGCCCUCGGCGAGGGUCCCUACUACGAAAAGGAAUACAACCGCCUGCGCUUUGUUGAUCUCAAGAAGAACCGGUUGCACACCGUGUCCCUCGACAAGGGCCCGGACUCUCUCGAGACUCUCGAGAUCGACGUCCCCAUCGGUGUGACGGCCGACAUUGAAGGCGUCGACCCGGCCGAGAAGAUCCUGGUCGGACUCAAGUACGGCAUGGCCACUCUUGACUGCAAGACGGGAAAGUAUGAGUACCUGACCAAGUUCAAGGAUGAGGACGACAAGCGCCUGAGAGGCAACGAUGGCGCCGUUGACCCGCACGGCCGCUUCUGGAUCGGCACCAUGAACGACUUUUAUCUGAACGGCGUGUGGCCCGAGGGUUUCCUGAUGCGCUUCGAUGGCAGCAAGUCUAAAGAGACUGUCCUGAGUGACUUGACCAUCCCCAACUCGGUAGGCUGGUCACCGGAUGGCAAGAUCAUGUACUUUACGCACACAACAGCUGGUGUCAUCAUGGCAUGGGAUUACUCGCCAGAGGACGGCAGCCUAUCCAACGAGCGCGUCCUUUACAAGCACGACGGCUCUGGCGGCCCCGAUGGGUUCCGCGUCGAUGCCGAGGGCAACAUCUGGCAUGCCUUCUACGGCGAGGCCCGCGUGCUUCGCAUCUCGCCCGAAGGCAAGGUUACGGGUGUCAUCAAGAUGCCGACCAACAACAUCACGUGCGUCGAGUUUGUCGGUACCAUGUUGUACAUCACGACAGCUGGUGACGACGAAGGACCUGAAUGGAGCAAGAAGUACGACGGUGGGCUUUUUAGGAUCGAUGUUGGUGUCAAGGGCCUUGAUCCGUACAAGUUCAAGCUUGAGCAGUGAGGUAGGUGUCCGUGGUGCAUAACUUAGAGGUUGCUGGUAGAUAUUGUACGAAGAAAGGACUUCAGGCCAAAGGCGGCGCCGUGUUUUCUUGGUGCGAAAUGACAGGAAGGCACACAGCCCAUGUGCUCCAGAAUAGACCGUGUAGAUAGAUUAUCUCAAAGCAUAAGUCUUGACUGGGAAUAGCUCUUUGGGCAUGCCUUUUUGUAUCUCGCUUUUCACCAGCCGAAGCCCAGCAGCCUUGAAAAGCUCAAGGAACUUCUCAUCUCGCCUAGAAUAGGUGUCAGAACAUGCUGUCUGUGUCAAAGUCACAAAACGAGAGCAAAUGCUCUGGGUGUAAGCCGGACCAACCUAGUGACACUACUAUCCACAUCAUCAAAUAAAUCUUCAAUUCCAG